AAAGAGGCCCCGCGGACGCCGAUUGGCUAAGACUCGCCUAGUCGGAAGGGUUCGAAUCUAGCGGAGGAUGGCGGCCGCGGCGACUUUUUUCCGCCGCCUCGGGGCGCUGAGCGGGGCAUCCGCGGUGGGGGCGGCCGCUUAUGGGGCGCACGGCUUCCACCCCCAGGAACAGCCGGAGUACCUAAAAGAGUUGUACGACACGGCCAAUAGGUACCACUUCCUGCACAGCCUGGCUCUCUUGGCUGUGCCCCACUGCCGCUACCCCAUGCUGGCUGGCGGCAUCCUGUCCACAGGCCUGGGGCUCUUCUGCGGGCCGUUUUAUUACCACGCGCUAACCGGCCAGCCGGCCUUCACCCACGUGGCACCUUAUGGCGGGAGCCUGCUCAUCCUUGGCUGGCUGGCCUUGGCUCCCUGACGGCCCCUGGCCAUUGUGUGUGUUUUCCCCCUCACCUCGAGGCCGGGCGAACGAAGAACCUCUGCCUCUACCCUUUGGGCCAUCCCACCAUUCUCCCUUUUGGGUGCCAGGGAGGGGCCUGGAGUAGCGGAGGCCUCCCCGCCCCCGCCAAACCUCCCCUACGAUUAAAUCCCAGAAGGGCUGAAUCUUCUCUUUUUAAAAAUAAUAAUAAUAAUAAUAAUGAAAUUAAUAUUAUCACAGCUCUGGGUUUGUGACGGGAAGGCAUGGUAACGUGCCGAUCAUGCAGCUUUCGUUGUGAUUUUAAUAAACGGACUUGAUUUUAUUCCUUC